AUGCACCCAUUGUCCUCGGGACCAAAUCCAACAACACGGAAGGGGCCUCUCUCUCUAUCCAUCAUGGUUACAGAAAUUGAUGAGCCAUUAACACCGGCCGGAAGGCUAUUCCUCCGGCCAGAACUGAACACAAUAAUCACCUGCGCCAUCGGCCUCAAAAACCCAAUCGAGGUCGACGCCGUUGAAUCCCAAAUUCGAAACUCGAUGUUGAUUGAACACCCCAGAUUCUGCAGCCUCAUGAUCAAAGACCGUCACGGCCGCGAACACUGGCGAAGAACACAAGUCAACCUAGAUCAGCACAUCAUCGUUCGUCAUGAGUCCGACGGAGACACCGCUGCCGACGAUGAAGAAGCAGUCAACGACUACUUGGCCGAUCUGUCACUCUCUUCACCACUUAGCGCUGACAAGCCCUUGUGGGAAAUACACCUUCUCAUGUCCCAAAAAUGCGCUAUUUUUCGAGUCCACCAUGCUUUGGGAGAUGGGAUUUCUCUGAUGUCGAUGUUCUUAUCGUGUUGUAGAAAAGCUGACGAUCCUACACAGCCGGCGACGGUUAACUCCGGCGAUUCCUCUUCGACGAGUAGUAGGAGGAAUGGGAGAGAAUGGAAGGUGUGGAGGCUUGUGAAGAUGCUGUGGUAUACGUUGAUUUUUGUGUUUGAGUUUGGGCUGAGGAGUUUGUGGCUGAAAGAUAAGAAGACCGCUGUGAUCGGUGGUGCUGGGGUGGAGCUGUGGCCGAGAAAGUUAGCGACGGCGAAGUUUCAUCUUGACGACAUGAAGGCAGUGAAAAAGGCUGUUCCUCAUGCGGUAAAUUUAAUAUUAAUGCUUUAA